AUGACAAUCAUCACAGGCAUUGCAAGAGGAAUCCAAUUCUUACACACUGGAGUUAAUCCUGGCUUAUUUGGCAACAAUAUAAAGAUUGAAAACAUUCUGUUGGAUGAUAGUCUCAAUGCAAAAGUUAGUGGAUACAACAUUUCGUUCACUUCCAAGGGAGGUCUUGACAGCACACUUAAAGAACAAAGUGCCCCCAAUCAUAAUGGUACCAAUGAUGCAGAAAAGGAAGAUAUCUAUCAGUUGGGUGUUAUUCUACUUGAAAUUAUCACUGGCAAAAUAAUUACAUCUUCCAUUGAAGUAGAGGAGCUGAAGAAUGAGAGAACGUCUGCAAAUAAGUGGGAUAUGGAAAGGGAAUAUGCAAGCCUUCUAAGAAUAACACUUUCUUCUUUGAAUGCGAUUGCAAUCCAGGCCACAAAAUCCACAGAUGAAUUUGAAGGUCAGAGAGCUGGGGAUCCAUUUUGGGUAAUGCGGCUCGUUGGUUACCCUGGUGUAUCCACAGUAAAUGGAACCAAUGUUAUGAAAAACGACAUUGGAUGGUACUAUGUUGUUUUUGCCCCUUGGAUGGCUCCUCUGACAUUGUUUGUGAUUUAA